AGAGCACCAGGUUCGAUUGGUGUUUUUUGUGAAGUUGAGACCAUUGCUAAAGCAAAGGGAUCUCAGAAGCUGUAGCUAUUUUCAUCAUGGCCAGCAAUUCAAAUUCAUUGAAUUUGUCCCAAUCCUUGGUACCCAUAUUCAAUGGAGAAAACUAUGUUUUUUGGAGUAUUAAAAUGAAGACCUUUUUUGUCUCACAAGAUUUGUGGGAUCUUGUGGAGAAUGGGUUUGCUGAAACCGAGAAGUCACCAGCAGCAAAGGUGAAAGAUCUUCGGAAGAAGGACGCAAAGGCAUUGCUUGUAUUGCAGCAAGCGAUAACUGACUCAAUCUUUCCUCGGAUUGCAAAUGCCACAAAGUCAAAGGAAGCUUGGACCAUUCUGAAUCAAGAGUUUUAUGGAGAUGACAAGGUAACAAUUGUGAAACUUCAAACUCUGCGUAAAGAAUUGGAAAACUUAUGCAUGAAAGGAAGUGAGUUAGUUCAAGAUUUCUUUAGUAGAGUUUUUGUCAUUAUUAAUCAAUUGAAAACUUAUGGUGAUCAAGUUGAUGAUCGUAAAGUUGUUGAGAAGGUUUUGAGGUGUCUACCAUCUAAGUUCGAUCAUGUUGUAGCUGCUAUUGAAGAGUCAAAGGAUUUCUCUGUUUAUUCUCUUAAUCAAUUGAUGGGCUCACUUUUAGCACAUGAAGAGAGAAUGAACAGGUUUGCAGAGAAGAACAUGGAGCAAGCCUUUCAAACAAAGGUAGAGAUCUCUAGCCAGGAGAAAAAUGAUCACAGAGGCUCUACUAGUAGAGGAAGAGGUGUUAGAAGCCUUUUCCGGAAUAUCGAUGAGACAGUGAAGCUGAAAGUUCGGCUUGGAGACAAUAAGCAAGUGCAAAUUGAAGGCAAGGGAACAAUUGCAAUUAGAACCAAUGUGGGUCAGUUGGUAGAGAAUGGGUAUUUGGUUGAAUUUCAUGAUGGCUUGUGUGAAAUCAAGUGCAAUAAAUCUGAUAUGUCUCUUGCUAAGAUUCCCAUGGCUAAAAAUAAAAUGUUUCCACUUGAGAUCUCAUGUUUGAAUGACCUUGCACUUGUUGCAAAUGUUAAAGAUGACUCCAAGUUAUGGCAUAUGAGAUAUGGGCAUUUGCAUUUUAAUGGGUUGAAAUUGUUGAGUCAAAAAAAGAUGGUUUAUGGUUUACCCUCUAUUAUUCCUAUUGAUGAUGUUUGUGAAGGUUGUGUUUAUGGGAAGCAGCACAAAAAUGCAUUUCCAAUUGAGAAAGCAUGGAGAGCAAAGGAGCCUUUGGAAAGUCAGAAGCUCUUGGGAAAUUUCAAGAAUUCAAAGCUUUUGCAGAGAAAGAAUAACGGGGUUGCUGAAAGGAAAAACAGAACAGUUGUGGAGAUGGCAAGGAGCAUGUUAAAUGAGAAGAAACUUCCACAAACCUUCUGGGCUGAAGCAGCUGCUACUGCUGUUCAUAUUCUCAACAUUUCUCCAACAAAGGCAGUGCGAAAUAUGACUCCAUAUGAAGCAUGGUGGAAACGGAAGCCCAAUGUAAGUAGUUUGAGAGUUUUUGGUUGCAUUUCUUAUGCCAUGAUAGCUUCUAAUGAUCGUACAAAGAUGGACCAGAAAAGUGAGAAGUGUAUUUUUGUUGGAUAUAGUUUGCAUGGGAGUGGAAUGAAGGAAAGAUUCAGCACUUGUCAUAUGAAGAAAGUGAAUCCAAUGAGCCACAAGCAGAAGAGACGGAGUUGGCUAACAAUCUUCUCCUACACUGAGUUCUCCAACAAGGAAAAACCUUGGGAGCAAGUUUAUGACCUAGAUACUUAUGCACUUCUGGUGGCAGAACCUACUUGCUAUGAUGAGGCAUAUGGAAAACAGGAAUGGGAAAAUUCCAUGAAGGAGGAGAUAGAUUCGAUUGAGAAGAACAACACUUGGGAGCUUGUAGAUAAACCAGAAGGGAAGACUCCAAUUGGUGUGAAGUGGGUCUAUCGAGUGAAGUAUAAAGCAUAUGGGAGUGUGCAAAAAUAUAAGGCAAGACUUGUGGCCAAAGGCUAUGUGCAGAAACAUGGUAUUGAUUUCCUUGAAACUUUUUCUCCUGUUGCUAGAUUUGAGACUGUUAGAUUGGUGAUAGCAUUAGCAGCUCAAAUGAAAUGGAAAAUUUUUCAGUUUGAUGUUAAAUCUACUUUCUUGAAUGGUUGGUUGGAAGAAGAUGUCUAUGUUGAGCAGCCUGAAGGAUUCAUUGUUCAAGGCAAAGAAGAAAAGGUGUACAAGCUCAAGAAAGCUCUUUACGGACUCAAGCAAGCCCCGCGAGCCUGGUAUGGUAGACUUGAUUCAUACUUGCAUGAUAAUGAUUUUCAUCGAAAUGAAAAUGAGCCCACUUUGUAUGUGAAGGUGAAAGGAGGUGAUAUUCUCAUUAUUUGUGUUUAUGUGGAUGAUAUUAUUUACACUGGUUCUUCUAACAUUCUUAUUGAAGAAUUUAAGAAGAAUAUGUCUGCUGAAUUUGACAUGUCUGAUUUGGGGCUACUGCAUUAUUUCCUUGGGUUACAAAUUUACCAAACUGAUUAUGGUAUUUUUGUUUCACAAGAGAAGUACGCAUUGGAUUUGCUGAAAAAAUUCAACAUGCAGAAUUGCAAGAUGUCUGCUACUCCUAUGAAUACAAAUGAGAAGUUGACAGUAGAUGAUGGAACUCCAAGAGCUAAUGAGAAGUAUUUUAGAAGUAUGGUUGGCCGAUUAAUGUAUUUGACUCACACAAGACCUGAUAUCAUGUUUUCAGUUAGCUUGGUUUCAAGGUUCAUGCAUAAUCCCUCUGUGCAUCAUCUUGGAACAGCAAAACGAAUUCUCUGUUACAUCCGAGCAACAAGCAACUUUGGAAUUUGGUACAAGCUAGUGCCUAACUUUAAAUUGCUUGGUUUUAUUGAUAGUGAUUGGGCAAGUUCUGUAGAUGACAGAAAAAGCACAAGCGGAUAUAUAUUUAAUCUUGGCUCGGGUGCUGUAUCUUGGAGUUCAAAAAAGCAAGAAUGCACUGCGUUAUCUUCCUCUGAAGCAGAAUAUGUUGCUGCUUCAUCAGCUGCUUGUCAAGCAAUUUGGAUGCGAAGGAUUAUGAAAGAUUUGCAGCAAGUUCAAGAGAAGGCAACAAAGAUCUUCUGUGACAACAAAGCAACAAUUUUAAUGACCAAGAAUCCAGUGUUUCAUGGAAGAACAAAACAUAUUGAGCUGCGUCAACACUUUAUCCGAGGUGCUAUUGCAGAUGGAUUAAUUGCUUUGGAGUAUUGUUCAACAAGUGAUCAACUCGUUGAUGGAUUUACUAAAGGACUCUGUUUUAGUAAAUUCAUGGAGUUCCGUAACUCACUUGGAGUUGCAGAGUUUGCAUCAAGGGGGGAUGUUGAAAACUGAUGCAAAGUGGUUAUUGUCUUUAUCUAAUUUGUUUUUUAGUUUGUUAUUUAGUUUGAAUAAGUCUUCCUGAUUUUUCUUAAGAGAGUGGGGUAGUUGCUGUUUUUUAGGAUAAUUUGUUGAGUUAGUUUUGAUCAUAAUUUCAGUUAGAAUACAGUAUGUGGGUAUCAUGUUACAAUCCCACUACUUAGAGUUCCAGUAUAUAUUUGUAUGUUUUUCAAUGAAUUUAAGCAUUCAGA